AACAACAUGCACCCGUCCGCGGUCCUACUUCUGUGUCUCACCCUCGUCCGCGCUCUACCAUCUCCACGGCAAUCGGAGGCACUGCAGAAUGCCUCUGUCAUGGACCCGCUCCCGAAUACGACGGUGGGGCCGUACCCAACCUAUCAAGUGCAUACGCCUUUCGACCGCGAAUCUUUCAAGCUCGGACUGAUGCAGGAGUGGAUCGAGCUCGACCUCUUCCAUUACGGAUUGGCCAAGUUCUCUCCGCAAGAGUGGCAGCAGCAGCUGGGUGUGAACAGAGACGGGUUGACGCUGAUCCAGUUUAUGGCUAACCAAGAGAGCGGGCACGCGCAGCUGCUGACGAACAUUCUGGGCGAGGGCAAUGCGCCUCUGCGUUGCACCUACAACUACUCGUUCGUCCGUCCGUCGAUAUGAAGCUCUCCGCUCUCUGACGGGCUUUCCAGUGGCGCAUUCACGGAUCCGAGAAG